AUGGCGAUGGACGCAGUCGGCGUGCUUCAGGUGACGCGGCUGCAGUACUCCGUGGCGUUCACCUACAUGGUGCCAGACGACUGCUCCGCGAUACAGAAAAUGACGGAGUUCGGCAGCCAUUUCCCGCUGGGCCUCACCGACACCAAGCGCGCGUUGGUGCGGCCUCGCGACCCCGCGCAGCUGAGCCUGAAGACCCUCCCCGUAGACGAGUGCUUCGACGACGACGCGACGGUCCGGUUCAGCGCCAGGUCGAUGGGCAUGGGCGAGCGUGUCACCUGCCAGCAGGCGGUCAAGUCCGUGGGGUGCGAGUAUGUGGCCGGAAAGUUCACCGACAUCGGCGGCGUCGAGCGCGAGGCCCCGGCUCCCGCCCCCACAGUUGCCCCGCGGCCUGCACCGCCGCCUCCGUGCUCUCGCGCCCGUACUACGCGUACGUGGCGAACGGGCCCGCGGACCGCCGCGCUCGAGGCCGUGACGCGCGACUUCGCCCAGAGGGCCGGCCUCGGCGACGCGGCCGGCAAGCUCGGCCUGGAGUCCCUCUCGACCCUGGACGGUGCGCCCGUCGACUUCGCGCAGGCGAAGAGUUACCUGGCCGCGCCGCGGUGGGGCUGGCGGCAGCCCGCGCCCGCCGACAGCUGCUUCGGCGACCAGUGCACCGCCAAGUUCGAAGAAGCCAGGCGGGGCGAGCUGGCGAAGCGCUACCAGCAGCAGUUCCAGGGGCUGGCCAACUACGACCGCAGCAAGGUGCUGCUGAACCUCCUGCUCUGGCUCGAUCCGUUCGGCGACCCGGCCUUCCGUUGGGUGGACGCGGUGUACGCGGCGCUGCAGCCGAGCGUCGCUGUGGAGACCUCGGUGGGUUCGGUCGUCCUGAACGACCCCGAAGGCGACUACGAGGUGCUGUUUGGCGACGUGUUCAACGACUUCGCUGCCUCCAUCAGCGACAUCUUCGUGUCCAGCCCUUUGCGUCUGGCCUGCAUGGUCGUGGUCACGGUGAUGGGCGCCAGCCUGGCCGCCUUCAGCUCCGCGUUCAUCGGGCCGCGGCUGCUGGCCACUGUGGUGUUCACUGUCACCUUCUCGCUGGGGGCCUGCGUGAUCAUAUUCCAG